CCCUGCGUCCCCCCCAGCCCCUGACGCUCGCCUCCGGUUCCUCGCCGCAGAGUUCAGCCCCGGCAGCGGUAGGGGCGACUCGCUAGCAAGAGAUGCCGGGCGCCAAGAUUUGCAUUCUUCAGCCGCGCUGAACGCCAGAAGAAGAGAGAAGGAAGCAGAGAAGCCCCGGGAAGGCGGGGACGGGAGGUGCGGAAAUCCCCGCCUAAAAGGCAGAAGCCGUCGCCCCCACCAGAGAGCUCCGCGCCGGCUGCUCGCCUGCUUGCUGCCGCUGCCACGAGCGCCCGCCUCUCCCCAGCCAUGCCAGGCUCGGCCGCCGACGAGGGGAAGGUCCCCUUCCGCACCGCCAAGGAGGAAAUCCGUGUGGGCUUCGGGGUCGAGGGCUCGGAGGGCGGCGGCGGCGGCCGGGAGAAGCCCGGCGCGCGCGGGCGGCGGCAGGACAUCGCCUGGAGGAACGUCUUCCUGAUGAGCCUGCUCCACUUGGGGGCCGUGUACUCCCUGGCGCUCAUCCCCAAAGCCCAGCCGCUCACUCUGCUCUGGGCAGCAUAUGGGAUCUUAAUUCACCCACCAGGAAUGGAACUGGCCCCCACUGCUUUGGAAGCACAGAGUCUUAACCACUGGACCACCAGGGAAGUCCCAACCUUGAUAUUAUCUAAUCCACCGUGGAUAGUCAAAUGUCAUCAGGAUAAGCAGUAAGAAAGCUGCCUCGCAAAUAUACAGAAAAGAAAUAAGAAGAGAAUCAAAAUGGUAAACUGGGAAAAACAUCAACCACAAAAGAAUGCAAUAAUGAAGGAACUGAAGAACAAAAAGGGUAUAAGAUAUCUAGGAAAUAAAUAGUGUAGCAGUAGAAGUAAGUUCAAAGGGCUCAAUAUAGGAUCAACACAAAGAAGACUACACGCAAUCACGUUAUAAUCAAUUUGUUAAAUGUGAAGUACAAAGAGAGAAUAUUGAAAGGAACAAGAGAAAAGUGACUUGGCACAUAUGAGGGAACUCCCAGAAAACAAUUUGUGAAUUUCUCCGCAGAAACCUUACAGGCCAGGAGAGAGUUGGAUGAUAUAUUCAAAGUACUGAAAAAAAAAAAAAAAACUGUGAGCAAAAAUGACCAUACCAAGCAAAAUUAUGCUUUAAAAAUAAAGGAGAGAUAAAGUCAACAAAAUCAAAGUCAGUUCAUCACUACUAGACCAGCCUUAUAAGAAAUGCUUAAGGGAGAUCACUUUGAAAUGAAAACAUGUUAACAGAAAUGCAAAAGCAAACAAAAGCAUAAAUUUCAAUGGUAAACUCAUACACACACACACAAAUAUAGCAUAAUAACACUGUAAUGGUGCUUUAUAAAGUACUUUAAUCCUGAGAUAAAAGUUUAAAUUUGUUAACAAUAUAAAAAGAAGGUAACUGACUAUAAGGACACAAAGUUUGGGUGGGAGUAAAAGAAUAGAUGUUUAGAACUACAAGAUUUCUAUGUAGCCUUCAGCUAACCACAAAGAAAAGGCCUACUAUAAAUAAACAAAAGAUAAAGAGAAAAGGAUCAAAGUAAAUCUCUACAAAAAAAUAAUCAAACAACAAUGAAAUAAAGCUACAGAGAAAGAGUGCAAAACAGACAUAAGACAAUUAACAAAACAGCAAUAGUAAGUCCUUACUGAUAGAUAAUUCGUUUAAUAUAAAUGGAUUAAUCUUCCCAAUCAAAAGGCAUAGAGUGGCUGAAUGGAUACAAAAACAAUAUCCAACCUUAUGCUGUCUACAAGAGACUCAUUUUAGAUUAAAAGACACAUACAGGCUCAAAGUGAAGGGAUGGAAAGAGAUACUCCAUGCAAAUGGCCACCAAAACAAAGUGAGAGUUCCUAUAUGCAUAACAGACAAAAUAGACAUUAAGUCAAAAAUUGUCUGUAUAGACAAAGAAGGUUUCUAUAUGAUAAUAAAAGAGUCAAGUCAACAGGAGGGUAUAACAAUUAUAUAUGCAUCCAGCAUCAGAGCACAUACAGCUCUAAAGGAAAUAUCGAAAUUAAAUGGAGAAAUUGAUUGCAGUACACGAAUAGUAAGGGACUUCAAUAACCCAGUUACAAUAAUGGAUAGAACACCCAGACAGAAAAUCAAUCAACAAACAUGACUUGAACAACACUAUGGACCAUAUGGUCCUUACAGACAUAUACAAAACAUUUCAUCCAACAGCAGCACAUACACGUUCAUUUCAAGUACACACACACCAUUCUCCAGAAUAGAUAAUAUGUUAGGCCACAAUCAAGUCUUAACAAAUUUAAAAAGUCUGAAAUAAUUUCAAGUAUCUUUUCUGAUCACAAUGGUAUGAAACUAGAAAUCCCAUAAUAGUAACAAAACAGGAAUAUCUGGAUGUCCCUGGUGGCACAGUGCUUAAGAAUCUGCCUGCCAAUGCAGGGGACAUGGGUUCAAUCCCUGGUAAGCAAAGAUCUCACAUGAUGCACAGCAACUAAGCCCAUGCACCACAACUACUGAGCCUGCACUCUAGGGCCCACGUGCCGCAACUACUGACCCGAGUGCUGCAACUACUGAAGCCUGCGUGCCUUAAAGCCUGUUCUCUGCAACAAGAAAAGCCACUGCAAUCAGAAGC